CCCGCUCCCCUCCUCUCCUCGGCGGCGCGGCGGCGAAGUCCAAUCAGACCUCACCGGAGCUCCAGCGAUGGGCGGCGAGAAGAAGAGCGUCGACCUCUCCGACCUCAACAACCCCCUCCUCCCCGCCGCCGCCGCCCUCAGCGCCGAGGACCGGGCCGGCCUCGUCAAUGCCCUAAAGGACAAGCUGCAGGGCUUGGCGGAUCACGCAGACCUGCUCGAGUCGCUGCCGCCCAAUGUCAGGACGCGUGUCGAGUUUUUGAGGGGCAUUCAGAGCCAACAUGAUGAGAUGGAGGCGAAGUUUUUUGAGGAACGGACUGCCCUUGAAGAUAAGUACCAGAAGCUCUAUGAACCAUUGUACACAAAGAGGUAUGAAAUUGUAAACGGAGUUGUGGAGGUUGAUGGUGCUGCUAAAGAACCGACCAGUGAAAAGGCUGCCGAAGGUGAAGAUUCAGAUGCUAAAGGUGUACCAGAUUUUUGGCUCACUGCUCUGAAAACAAAUGAGAUCCUGACUGAGGAGAUCCAAGAGCGUGAUGAGGCUGUUUUGAAAUAUCUGAAGGAUAUCAAGUGGACUAGAAUUGCUGACCCCAAGGGUUUCAAGCUCGAGUUUUUCUUUGAUACAAACCCUUUCUUCAAGAACUCUGUCCUAACAAAGAUCUAUCAUAUGGUUGAUGAAGAUGACCCGAUUUUGGAGAAAGCAAUUGGGACUGAAAUUGAGUGGUAUCCUGGGAAAAAUGUCACACAGAAGGUUCUAAAAAAGAAACCCAAGAAAGGUUCUAAGAAUACGAAGCCUAUUACCAAAAUUGAAGAAUGCGAGAGCUUCUUCAACUUUUUCAGCCCCCCAGAAGUACCUGAAGAUGAGGAGGAGCUUGAUGAAGAUGCUGCGGAUGAGCUUCAGGGUCAGAUGGAGCAUGAUUAUGAUAUUGGAUCUACCAUAAGGGACAAGAUCAUCCCUCAUGCUGUUUCUUGGUUUACUGGUGAGGCUGUGCAAGCUGAGGAUUUUGAGGAUAUGGAAGACGGUGACGAUGACGAUGAUGAUGAUGAUGAUGACGAGGAUGAUGAUGAUGAAGAUGAUGAUGAGGAUGAUGAUGAAGACGAGGAUGAAGAUGAUGAAGAACUAAGCAAACCCAAGAACAAGGUGGCUGGCAAACCAAAGGGAGCUGCAAAGGGUGGUGCACAAGGGGAACAGCCAACGGAGUGCAAGCAGCAGUAGAACUUUUCUGCACCGGGUUGAUGCAGCAUUUUUUCCAUUGAACUACCCAGAGGUGACCUUUGCUGGUUGUGGUGUGCACGGGUGAGAUCUUGUUGUGGAUAUACCAUGGGCAUUGUUGGUAUGGCAGUUGUGCUGGUGGAUGGUUUGGGAGCUUGUGAUGAUGUUAGCGUAUUAUGUGCUCAGUAGUCUAGUUAUAUUAUAUAUUUAUAUGCAGUCGAAGGGCACCCUAAGAUUGUGUAAUUAUGUUUGAACUCUCCAAAUCGAGCUCUUAGUAUCGUGACAUGAUAUUGCGUUGAUUUAUUGAAUGCCAUUGUCGAGUUGGU